UGUGUGGGCGGGACUUCCCCGGUAGACUGUGUCCAGUGUUGAAUACAAACUUAGCUACUUAUUCAAACGAAAAAAAGAAUAAAGUAACAAUCAUAAAUAUGCCGUUCAUCGAUUUAGAGACAAAUUUGCCCGCAAGUAAAUUUUCUGAAGACUUCCUAAAAAAGCUAUGCUCCACCGCAGCGGCUGUUUUGGGAAAACCAGAGGAUAGGAUGAAUCUGGUGGUAAAGCCUGAUCUGCCCCUGCUCAUUGCUGGCUCAUGUUCCCCUGCCGUGUCUCUCAAGGUUUCUGCUAUUGCUGUGACCGACAGUGCAGAUAAGAACAAGGAGCACAGUGCCAAACUCUUCCAGUUCCUUACUCAGGAGCUGGGACUCAGCCAGGAACGCAUCGUGAUCAGGUUCUACCCGCUGGAGCCUUGGCAGGUGGGGAAGAAAGGCACAGUGAUGAGCUUCUUGUAGAGAAACCCACUUUACAUCUACCACCAUGCUGGGAUUAUGUCUAAGGGGAAUUUUUUUACUGCACAAUGUGCGAGAAACACUCAAUUUUUAGCUUAAAAUCUUCAGAAUGGUACUGUAUUUUAUUUUUCAUUCCUCUAAAAAAGAUACUAUGCAGUUUUUAACCUUAUCACCUUCCUGAGUUACGUAUUGUACGUGUGAUUCCCUCAAACAAAAAGAUCCACGUUUCUAUUUACUGAGAAAAGAAAAACAAAUCCGGGGGUACCUUGUCAAUAUUAUUCCCACUACAGCGCUUCUAAAUUCUUAGAUCGUACGUUAGAAGUUGUUGAUGAAUUUGCGAUAACGGCAGUUUUAAAUCAAUCCACUAGUUCUUAUACACAGGAACUUCGUUAGUCAAAUCGUAAUAAGAAACUGAUCGCAAAACCUGCAAUUUAACAUAGACAAGUUUACUCCUUUAUAAAUUUAUUCUAGCCCCAACGGAUUUUAGAAGGCAACAUGGAGAUGACAAAGAAGACUUCCAUAAAUGUAGUUAAUAUUAAAAAACAGUAAUCAUUUCAAUAGUGGCUUUUUAUCAUGCAGUGUGGUCUAAAAUUCAUUUCACUUCUGAUUCAAUAGUCUAGCUGAUCAUGUGAUUACUGGUUAUCGUUUUCUAUUAAUUGAUUCAUGUAGAAUUUGUAAUGAUGAACAGUUUAAAGCAAUGUUUAUACCGAGGAGAGAAAAAGAAGAGCCACACAGACUGAAUUUGAGAGAGAGAGAGCGAGAGAGAUGGCUGCAGACAAAAGUAUUAGCUUGGAAAUGCUGAAUUUUCUUAUUUUCUUUUCUUUUUUCAAAGAAUUUUACUGACUUUUCUCGUAUUGUACCUUUUUAUUCUUUCGAAAUUUACUGUAAUUCUGCACCAUGAAAUAGUUUUGUUAAAUCGGUUCUUUUGAAUAAAUGAUUUCUUAAAAGAAAACUUGCCCAAAAAUAUAACAUUAAUAAAGUCACCUAAACUGC